CAGAUACGAGACAUCUAUUGGCGUCACUCGUGGAAUAGACUUGUAGGAGAGAGGAACUAUCCCGUGUUUCAGAGAUGGGCACGGAGAUAGCGAGUAAGGCGACGGUGGUGCUGUUGCUGCCGGUGCUACGUCUGCUGCUGCUGGGUGUGGUGAAGGAAGCUGGAUACGACCCAUACCGCCUCACCACACCCCUCCUCCCAUACUAUGACUUCAUUAUUGUCGGUGGUGGGUCGGCAGGCAGUGUGAUGGCUACCAGGCUGUCAGAGAUAGGGAGCUGGAAGGUGUUACUGCUGGAGGCUGGAGGACCCCCACCCCCGGAGUCCUACAUCCCUGGCCUCAGCUUCCUCUUCUUCCUCCCUGGCAACCAUAACUGGGACUACACCACUGCCCCCCAGAAACACGGCCUCCGUAGCUUCGUCGGCAGGAGAGGCAGGUUACCCCAGGGGCGGACGCUAGGGGGAUCAUCAUCAAUCAACGGGAUGCUGUACUCUCGUGGCAACCGUCGGGACUACGACUAUUGGGCCGCUCUGGGCAACACGGGCUGGGACUUCCGCUCCGUUCUCCCGUAUUUCAAGAAGGCGGAGGAUUAUCGCGGAGACUUGAGUCAUGAUGGUGGUGUCUUCCAUGGUCGCGGUGGCCCCCUGGUUGUCACGCCCCCACACACCGUCUCCCCCAUCAGCCGCGCUUUCCUCGCCGCUGGGCAGGAGCUGGGCUACCAGGUGGUCGACUCCAACACCCACCAACAGAUUGGGUUCUCGCCGCUUGACCUCACCGUUAAGGACGGUGUGCGCUGCUCCACGGCCGAGUGUUACCUGCGACCAGCGGCGGCCAGACCUAACCUCCACAUACUACACUCAGCCACCGCACACCAGAUCGUGUUUGAUAACUACAGGAGGGCAGUGGGUGUGAAGUUUGAACACCAGGGGAAGGUGGUGGUGAUGAAGGCGUUGAAGGAGGUGCUGGUGUGUGCAGGGUCACUCGCCUCCCCUAAACUACUCAUGUUAUCUGGUGUGGGACCUCAAAAGCACCUCCAGUACCACGGGGUGCCGGUGGUGGCAGACGUGGCAGGUGUGGGCAGGAACCUACAAGACCACCUCAACCUCUACGGACUCACCUGGACGGUAACACCUGGCACCCUCCCCUCCCCUAACCUCGAAGAUGUUGUCAAUUACCUCAACGAGAAAAAAGGUAAGCUGGCGAUGCCCCUGGGGGACCACUCAAGUGCCUGGGUGAAUUUAGGAGGUAGACACGGUGACCCCGGGUGGCCUGACAUACAGUACCUCUUCAGCAGCGUCACCCUCGCCGCUGACCGUGGCUUUGUAACACCCGCCACCUUCGGUUUUGACCCCAGAAAAUUUAACAAGUACUUUGGUCCUAUACUGGGUCAAGAUGGCUUCACUCUGUACCUGAACCUGUUAAGACCUCGCAGUGUAGGUAAGGUCACACUGAGGUCCCGUGACCCUACCCACAACCUGGUGAUCGACCCUAAUUACCUCAGUCACCCGGAAGAUGUCGCCACGAUGAUCAAGGGGAUAAGAUUUGCACUAGCCAUCGGCAACACCUCAGCGCUCACCACCUACUUCAAGGCCAAGUUUCACGAGAAGCCGCUGCCAGGGUGUGAGGGAGAGAGGUACGGCUCAGACAGCUACUGGGUGUGUUACCUACGACACAUGGCCUCCACCUACCUCCACCCCGUCGGUACCUGCAGGAUGGCUCCCUACCACGACCCUAGCGGUGUAGUGGACCCCAGGCUCAGGGUUCGAGGAGUGUCCGGGCUGAGGGUGGUGGACAGCUCUAUCAUGCCGACCAUCGUCUCCGGUAACCCCAACGCCGCCGUCAUCAUGAUAGCUGAGAAGGCCGCCGACAUCCUCAAGGAAGACUGGCAGGGAUUAUGACCACUCUCAGGAUAGGAGGAAUUAUACCAAUCACCUGAAGAUUAGUCCACCUAGCUUAUUUCACCUGAUCAUUAGUCCCCUUUUAACUUAUUUAAUUUAAAAGAUUCGCCCCCUCCCGAAGUUUAGCCCUAAGAGGGGUUCGGUUGGGGUAACGUUAGGUAAGGUUGGGGUCCGGACAAAACACCCCAAGGACAAAACCCCCUUAUUUAGAGGGGGUUAGGUUAGGUUAGUCUUUUGAUAUAAUAAUGUAAUAUUUUACAUGCAAGAGAAGCGUUUAUAAACUAUAACUAAUAAAAA